AUGGAUAGUCCACCCAAACUGACUGGUGAGACGCUGAUUGUCCAUCACAUUCCCCUGGUGCAUUGCCAGGUCCCUGAUAGACAGUGCUGCUCCGUGAGCAAAAGGACCAACCCCUUCUGCCAGCCAGAGCUCAGCAUUACACGGACCUCUGCCCUUCCAGACAGAGACCUUUCACAGACUGACUCCUUGGUGUACAGCAGCUUUCUCCAGACCCCCGAAACCUCAUCAGAGGCCUCAGACAACAAAGAAGGCAAAGUGAGGGAUUUGAUUGUCCCUAGUGUCAGUAAGCGACACAACCCUUUCCUGCAAGAUGACCUGGGUCAAAAAUCUUUCCACCUUCACAACUCACUUGUGGCUGGGAAACCUCCCUUUCAUCUGCACGAGCUGGCCUUGCCCCCUUUCCACCUCCACGAUUCCAACCACAUUGUGAAAUCCUGGAACAUGGCCAGCCGGUCUGGUGUGGUAGAUGGGCAAGAGGACAAAAUCAGCAGUGAUGAUGUCCAGAAGAGGAACAAUGCAAACCAGUGCCACCAGGCCUCAGAACACAUGGAGAUGGAUGAAUGCAGCUGCCAUCGCGGCAGUUCCUCCAGCUUCUCCUUCGAUGGUGGUGACCAGGAGUGGAACCAGAACACGGGUGAAUGUCUGAGGAAUCAGGAUGCCCUGCACAGCCGGACAUGCAGCUGUUCCAGCUCAGAGCUCCAGCACUGUCGCUGCUACAGUUCAUCAAGUCAGUCUGAAGUGAUUGACCAACAGAUGGGCUACAUCAGUGACUCUUCCUGCAACAGCUCCGAUGGGGUGCUGGUGAACUUCAGUGCUCUCUACAACAAAAUGAAUGGUCAUUCUCGAUCUAACCUGAAUUCAGCCAACCUGUCCUGUGAUUCUUCCUUCUGCAGCCACUCAGACACAGGAGCUUUUUACCUGGAUUUGCAUUCAUCACCCACAGAAUCCAAGAUGUCUUGCGAGUCGCAUCACCCAGAGAGUUCAGGGAAGGUGUGUGGGUGCCAACACUCCUCCUCACCUGUCCUUGAUGCUAACUGCAACUCCUACCACCUCCACUGUGAGCCUUGCACUUCAGAGAGCUCAGACCUCACUGCCUGUUUCCAGAGCCAAGCACGGCUCGUCGUGGCUACUCAGAAUUAUUAUAAGUUAGUCACGUGUGACUUGUCUUCCCAGUCAUCCCCCAGCCCAGCAGGAUCUUCCAUAACUAGCUGCUCGGAAGACCAUACCAAAGGUAGCCCAGCCCAGCCCACUGAAUACUAUCUGUUCAGAAGGCCUGACCUGAGACAAGAAGAAAGCAACGUGGAGUGCAGUGAAGAGGAGGCAAAAGGAGAAGCCACCCAGAACAUGAUUGAGGGUCAGGUCUAUGUGAAUGUGUCACCACCUAACCUCAACACAAGCCGGCAGCGCUCCAGGAGCUAUGAUCAGAACCUGGACAGGAGUCCCAGCAGCAGGCUGGGCUCCUUGGAGCGCAUGGUGAGCUGUCCAGUCAAGCUGAGUGAAAGUCCGGCAAUACCCAUACAGAGUUCCCCCCCGAAGCGAGUGACGUCUUUUGCUGAACUGGCUAAAGGCAGGAAAAAGAAUGGCACCUCCCCACCACUCCGGUCCAGUGGUGAUUCCUCCUUGGAGUUCUCCCCUAUCCCCGAGACACAGCGGGAUUGCCCAACUUUCCUUGAAGAAAGAGCUCGCCGCAGCCACAGUCUUCCACCCAUGCCCUUUGUCCAUGGCCUGAACCGGAGCUGCGAGGGCUUCUGUUUAAAUCACGCUUUUGGGGACAGCCAGGCUUUGUGUUCCACCAAAGAUUCGGUCUCCAGUGAGAAGGUCCCCAGUGGGCAUGGGGCAGGUGAGCAAGCCUCUCUCUCCCUGCUGACGGAGGCAGAUGCCAGCUUCUCAGGUGGCUCUGCCAGUGGCCACGGACAAAGAGAUGUUAGAGCCCGAGCAGACGGUGGUGGCACAGACAGCAAGCCUGUGGUACGCUACAGCAAGGACCAGCGUCCCACAACUCUGCCCAUCCAGCCCUUUGUUUUCCAGCACCAUUUCAGCAAGCCACCCAAGGCCCGUGCUCUGCACAGCCAUUUUGCCUCCAGCCUUUCCCAACUCUACAGCUUGUCCAGCAACCGGCCUGCCAGCCAUCAGAUCUCCUCCAAUUCUCAGUCCUCAGCCUCAGCCACCUCAGCAGAGCAGUCAGCGGCAGUGGGGAGCCAAGCCCACAGCACGCUCCUGACCCAACGCUCGGUGGACGGAGCUGCCUCCCGCAAUGAUGGCUGCAUUAGGAAGCCUGCCCCUGAGACAACUCGGCCAUCCCCCCUGGGGAGUUACUCUCCUGUGCGAUGCAACGUGCCUUUCUUUCAAAGCGUGGACUCCUCUUCCUCGCCCACGACGGAGAGGGCUGGAGAGAGCCAGCCCCCCAGGAGCAGGUCCUGCCCCAUCUCCGCCAGCCUGCUUUCCACGAAGUCUUCCCCUGCUAUCAGUGCCAUGCAGCCCUCCCAAGCCACCAAAGCUGAUGCCCUGAGGCAAAAGGAGAACUCCAAGCCAGUUCCCAAGAAAGAGGCACCGCUGGAGCCAAGCCCACCACUCUCCGAGUACCGACUCCACAGUGGGUGCCUCCCGCCCCUCACGGGCGGCAUGCCCAUGAGCAGAGUGGGAGGCCACGCAGAUCCCCACUGGAGAAGUGGCAGUGAGACCAGCAGCUCUGGUCCCCUGAGCAGCAUGGGAGUACGGCCCCUCAAUGCGAAUCACCUCUCCCCCCAAGCGCUGAAGUGGCGGGAGUACAGGCGGAGGAACCCCCUGGGUCUGGACCGCGUUUCGGGGCUGCCUGGCUUAGCAGGCAGCCUAGACAGGAGGCAGCAAGAGCCUCGGCUGAACCGGGGGAACCCCAUCUUUGAGCUCCCUGGCACUCUCAACAGCAGCCAUUUCCACUGCAAGCUGAACGGACAAUCUAUGAGGCAACUCCAGCUUACCUACACUGACUUCUUCCCUGACUACUUCUCACUAGCAGAGAAACCCCCCGCUGAGUUCUGCCUCUCCCCAGAUGGCAACACAGAGUCUAUCUCCAUCGACUUGCUGCAGAAGAAGGGUCUGGUGAAGGCAAUCAACACUGCUGUUGACCUGAUUGUGGCUCACUUUGGAACCAGCCGGGAUCCAGGGGUGAAGGCCAAACUUGGGAACAGCUCCGUGAGCCCCAACGUGGGGCAUCUCAUCCUGAAAUACCUGUGUCCUGCUGUCCGGGACAUUCUGAGUGACGGGCUCAAAGCUUACGUCCUGGACAUGAUCAUUGGCCAGAGGAGGAACAUCCCCUGGAGCGUGGUGGAGGCAUCCACCCAGCUAGGCCCCUCUACCAAGUUGCUGCACAACCUCUAUAGCAAGAUCAGCCAGUACACGGAGCUCACCAACCACACCAUGAGGUUCAACGCAUUCAUCUUUGGCCUCCUCAAUAUCCGGUCCUUGGAGUUCUGGUUCAACCACCUCUACAACCAUGAAGAUAUCAUCCUGGCGCACUACCAGCCAGUGGGCUUCUUGUGCCUGUCUCACAGCGUGUGCCAGCCUCUUUUUGAGGAGCUCCUGCUCCUGCUCCAGCCUCUCUCCCUGCUGCCCUUCAACCUAGACCUCCUUUUUGAGCACCACCUGAUGCAGAUGGGCAAAGAGCAGCAGCAGCAAAAGGAGCUGCUGCGUGUGAAGCAGGACCUGCUGCUUUCUGCACACUCCACCCUGCAGCUGAUGCGGACGCGGGGUAGCAGUGAGGAUCCCGACGGCUGCAGCAGUGCCCCUGAAGCAUGCAAAGUGGGUGCCAGAGAUGGUGACAUCUCACCAGGCCACAGCCCCCAGGAGGCUGCGAGUGAGAGGGUCAAGGGGGUGGGGGCCUCCUCCGGAGAUGGUGACAGAGAGGAAGAGCAGAGGAAGAUGGGAGAGAGCACGUGGGAGGGGAAGAAGGACAAGCAGGCAGGCUGGUGGUACCAGCUCAUGCAGAGCUCUCAGAUUUACAUUGAGGGCUCAGCUGAAGGCUCAAAGUUCAUCCACUAUGAGAAGAAGAAGAAGGCUUUGAAUACUGUGCCCAGGUCAGCGGAGACCCGCAAGGCACCACCCCCCCGGGAAGGGGUGGUGGAGGGUGCAGAGGCUUGCCCCAUUGCUGAGGGGACCUUAGAGGAGAGGCCCAAGGCUGCCAGCAAGCCAAUUACUAAAGCUGUGGAAGAGCCCUCGGAAAAGCCCCAGCAGGUACCGGUUGGCGAAGAGGUGAAGGAACGGAGCUGGCCCUUCUGGAUGGGCAGCCCCCCGGACUCAGUGCUUACAGAGCUGAAGUGCAGCAAGGAGAAGGAGACUGGGACUUGGCAAAGAGUGGGAGCAGCAGCAGCAGCCCCCCAAGAGGAGAGCAGCACCAGUGCAUCAGAGGGCAGCCAGCCCAUCAAGUGGGGACACUUGUUUGGGUCCAGGAAGGUGCAAAAAGAGCCCAGGCAGCCUAACAGGUUGCCCUCCGGCUGGCUGAGCUUGGACAAGUCCGUGUUCCAGCUGGUGGCCCAGACGGUUGGGGCAAGCAUGUGGCGAGAAGCAGCCCCUGAGCCGGAGCCCCCCCGACCAGAGCCACCUGAAGUGUCCCCUGCGGCACGGCCGGCCCAGGGGUUGUCUCCCCACCCUCCCUGUGAGGUGAAAGCUCUUUGCCAUCACAUUGCCACCGAGGCAGGACAGCUGAGCUUCAACAAGGGGGACGUCCUGCAGGUCAUCUCCAAGGUGGAUGGUGACUGGCUGCAGUGCAGCCUCGGCUCUGAGAAGGGACUGGUACCCAUCAUGUACGUCACCCACCCGGAGGACGAGGACUAUUGACGUGGCUGGGAGGCCAAGUACAGUACCGUCCUCUGGGGAAGCCCACCCUGCCAGAGGAACAGACACAGCUUCUUGCUAAUUUCUUACCUUUCUUGCCAUUACAGAAUACAGUAACUGUAGGUGGUUCUUCUUGCUCCUCCUCGUGCAGCUGCCAAAGGCCAACUCGGCCCCUGGGGUCUUCUGCGAGCUGCACCUUGUAUUGCCAGGCAUCACCGUGCAUGCAGCCACACCGGGGACUGCCUGAGCCCCCUCCACCCCACACCAUCUCCAGCACCCCUAGGCCAUGGACUCGUAUGUAGCAGGAACCCGAGUAAUCCCUGCCAAGGCAGCGCUG